AAAAAGAAGGAAUUUUUCAUACUGUUAAUGACACUGUCUUGUUAAAAAUGACUGCUUGAAAUAAUUGCUUUGUUCUUGAAGCAAGUCACAAAGCAAUUCGGUCAGUUGAUGAAUUUAUCUCGAUGGCAUAGUGUCAUCAUAAUUUUAUUUAACAUAUUUUAGAAACAAAAUGUUUUGCAAAAGAUUACUUGGAAUAUUGUUGAUGUAUCUGAUAAUACUUGGUAAAAAUGUUGGAAUAAGUGAAUGGGUUGAACUACCUGAAUUUUCUGAUGAUAAAAAAAUAUACAGAGGAUCAUUUGGUAAAUAUGAUCGUGAUAAAUUACUUGAUGAAGGAUACAUCAAUGCAAGAUUAUAUGCAUUUCCAAAUUACACAAAUAAUCAUUUUAAUGUCAAGGAUAUUUCUACUGUUGAAAAUAAUUUUAAAAUUGAUAAAACAACUGUUUCUGAUAUCUUGUUGACGACAAUUAUCAAUGAUAUCUAUGACAACAAAAAUAAUACAACUACAAAAGUAUCAAGUAACAUUUCAAACGACGAUGAUGAUGAUGAUGGUACUGUUGUUACUGAAGAAAAUGAUGAUCAUGAAAUUGAUACAGAAGUUGUUGAUACAAGUGAAGAAACAAUUAAUACUGGUGAUAAAUUUUCAUCAUAUAAUUCUUCAAAUUUAGAAGAAAUUCCAGCUUCAAUAUUAAAAAUAAUUUCAAGUAUAAAAAAAGAUAAUAUACCACCUGUAAAAACAGAAAAAAAACAAGCAUCAUUUUGGGAUUAUCUUCCAAUUGAGUUUUUUAAAAAAAUACAUAAAAAUCUUAUGAUGUAUCAGUCAAGAUCUGUUGAUGGAAAAUAUGAAGCAUUAAAAACAUUUGAAAGUUCACUAUUAACUGAAAUUGAAUCAAGACUUGCACCAAUUGUUAAUCCAGUUAGAAAAAAAAGAGGAUCUGAAUGGGAUGAAGGUAAUAGCCAAGUUGGUUUUCCAUCACUGGAAGGUGCUCUAAUGGCUAUAUCAUUUUUAACAUUUGCUGUUUAUCUUAUCCAAUUAGUUAUGACAUUAUUUAGAUAUCUUGCAGCAAAUAAUCAACCAGUAGCUCAACCAGCUACAUUUGUUGUUAAUAGAAAUAAAAGAUCACCAAUUGAUUUACCAGAUGAAUCUCUAAGAAUACUUGAAUAUCUUGAUAAUAUAUCAAAUCAUAAU